UGCACAUGUACAAACAACAGCCCAGCCCCAUAGCACUGCACUGCCAGCUGUUCGCAGUUAGGCAGUGGGGCCUGAACUGAGGAGGAGGCCGGUUACUGUAGUCAUGCUGAGGCAGUUGGAACUUGGUGCCCUCGGCUUGGCCUUUGUGGGGUGGAUCUGUGCCAUCCUGACCCGUUGCCUGGCCCUGUGGAAUGUGAGUGGCACUGUGGACAACGCUACAGCCACUCUGCCUGCCUACUGGGACGGGGUGUGGCUGCAGUGGGAUCAUUGGGACCUGGCUCACGAUGGAAGCCUGCACUGCUCAUUCUACCAAACUCUUAUGUCUCUUUCUGGAAGUUUCCGCACAUGGAGAUCUCUCAUCACAGCAGCAAUCGUAGCAGGGGGUUUUGCUGUGGUCAUCAGUGCAGUGGGGGCUGUGUGGUUUCCUCACCGUAACCAGAUUAAAGUCUUUUCCGGUGGCAUUUUUGUUUUGUCUGGAAUCCUGCUUUUGGUUCCCACAGCAUGGACAUGCCAUCACACCAGUCAGUCACUAGAGGGAGCUAUACACUUGAGAAGAGACUGGGGACCUGCGUUGUACUUGGGGUGGAUCUCAUUUGUUUUGCUGAUAGUGGGGGGAGUGUUUCUGACCACCAGGUGUCCAACAACUCAGAGCCAAGGAGAGCACACCGAAGUUGCCACUGCCCCCCUUCACGAGGAGGAUUCCAAUCAUCCCCUCAGCAGGAUCAACCGGGCCACAUUCACUAACAGCCAAAUACAACGUGGGGCAGGACCAGUCUGAGCUUGCUUUACCCAUUUUAAAGGAUUAAACCAAGAACAAAUAAUAUAUGCACAAGUUGGAUCAUUUAUGUGGGAACCCCCCCCCCUUAAGAGAAUGCAUGUUUAGUGGUGUGUGAUAAUGAAAUGUAGGUAGAACCCUUUUUUUUUGGUUUUGUUUUUACUCUGCAGACU